GCGAUUUUGUAAACAUGAAGUAAUGUUGAAAAAACUUUAGUGGCAAUCCUGUUCCAAAUUUUUGCAAGUGGAAAGUGUACUUGAUUGGUUGCAAAAAGUGAUUAAUCGAUUGUGGAAGUUAUCUGCGAGUCGAGUUAAAACAUUUGAUAUGGAGGUGCCAGGACGUAAGGAGAGCAGUGAUGAUAAGGUCAAGCAAAAAUGCCAACCCUGCCAAGACGAAAAUGUUCUUCAUGAAGCUUACGGAUAUUGCAAAACAUGUGGAGAAUACUUAUGUGAUGCUUGCUACAAAUAUCAUCGUCGACCAAAACCUUUCAAAGACCACGUUCUUGUUGAAUACAAGACCAUUAUGUCAAAAGACAGAGCCCCCACGCCUCCAGACUCAGAUAGACAUAAGGUUUCAGAUGACCAGAUCCUGCAGCAAGGUGAAAAUAAUGAUAAAUGCAAGACAAAGAAAUCUCCCCCACCAGUUCCAAGGAGAAGGAGGAUAUGCAAUACAAAAUGUUCUGUUCACCCUUCAGAAGAUCUAAAAUAUCAUUGCAAAACUCAUAAAAUAGUUGUAUGUAGCGAAUGUGCUUUAAAAGAACAUAGACAAUGUGAUACGCUGGAAAACAUUCAAGAUAUUUUUUAUUCUGAAAGUAAACGCAUUGUUUCAAAAAUCAAAUAUGUAGAAGAUAAAGCAGCGUAUAUACUAAAGCAAGAAACAAAUGCCAACAAAGGAGCUGACGUAUCGUAUGAGGAGGUUUUGUCACAAAUCCGUUUAGAUAGAGAGCAAGUGUACAAAUAUUUUGACGAAACAGAAAAACGCUUAAACAAUGAGGUUGAUAGAUUUCGAGAGAGAAGUAAGAUAAGGCAGACGGAAAUGCUCGAUAUGUGUCAGAAACUAAAAAAGGUAUGA